CGAGGGCAGGCGGUGGUUGCGGGCUGGGCGCGCAAUGGGUCAAGAAGUUGGAAAACUUGCCUGGCCCGAACCAGAAGAAGGGCAUAAAACCGUUACAGGUAGAAGAUACCAAGGAGGACAUGCUUAUGUUGCUUUUAGACCAUCUUUGAAUAGCCAAGGCAGAGAUGAACAUCAACACAAUGGAGACUGCAAAAAAUUAGAAUCUGACGACGUUCAGGAAGAUAAUGCUAUGUCUUGCUUUGAAGGUGCGAGUUCUUUGCGUCAAAUUUACUCUCAUUCAUUGGAUCAGCCCUUGUUAGAAAACAGCAGAACUGGAACAUCCAUUUGCCAAAGGGUACUGUGCCAGACUUCUGAUGCAGACAUGUUACCAUUUUCUCUAGUUUCUAAUGGUCUGAAAGGCAACACAGUCUCAAGGAACUUUAUGAAUCCUUAUGAAGAUUCUGAGUACCUUUCAGAAUAUGGAUCUGGAGGGCAUAAUGGUUUCAAUGGUCAGAAUGGAGUUGCUUCUACAAAUGCUGUCUCUUACAAGCCUGAUAGCAGUGAUGGAGAGGGAGGUGAUGCUCAAGACAAAUUUUCUUUGGCAAGAGAAAAAGCAGGUGUACUUCCAAAAACGCUAGAAAGCAUGUUUUCUGAGUUAGAAAAAGACAGAGAAUCUUCUACUGACUUGCAGUUCUCAUUGUCCACUCUCAACCACAGUGUUUCUAGAGAAUGUUGUGAAGCAGCAGAACCCAUGUCUUUAAUGAGCUAUUUUAGUAUAGAUUCAGACUUAUGUUCAAACAAUAGGACAUUUACAUCUUGUGCUGAAGAUCAAGCUAUACAGGAAAGUAACAUGAGUGGUGCCGAUUGUGAAACACAGCAGAUAAAAACAGUGGAUGUUGGAAUUAGAACCUCCAUGGCAAUUGCUAACAAAUUGAAUGUCUGUGGUGGAAAUGCUGACCUGAGUUUGCCUGAGCUAGUAGCGAGACCUAAAAUAAGAAAACAAAAUGAUGCAAACCAGCUGGAGAGAGAGAAUAUUCUUGCUAGUAAUGAUGAAGAGGAAGGGCAUUCCAGGAGGACAAGUGAAGCUGCUGAAGUCCAGCAAGGCUCUGCUGCAUGUGCCUUGCAAAAUAGAAAAGAAGAAAAAAGUUCUAGUAUGUUCUUUGAGUCAAAAUACAGAAGGUGCCGAAAGAACCCAGAAAGAGACCUAAGGGGAAAUGCUGUUGCUCAAGGACAAAAAGGUGUGCUAGGUGAUAGCGCUUCUUCGGAUGAGGUUGAACACUGCAGUAGACGCUUAUCAAAAUCCCCCAAAGAGGAAGACAGCUCAGAAUGCAGUGAUGGAGAAUGGUCUACAUCUGUGCCUAGCUGUUCUACUGCUACAGGAAAAGACUCGUCCUCAAGUGGUGACAGCUGUGAGACUUUCCCAUGCAGAGAGAAAUGUGAUCCUGAAGUGCAGAGCAGCAGCAGCAGUGGUGUAGAAGAGGAGAACACAAACUUCACUUCCCAAGGAGGCAAACAGACAUCAACAGAGAAAGGAGAGCGUCCAUUGUUACAGCGUCGGGAACAAGCAGGAAGUAGCAGUGAAGAUGAAAAUGGUCCAGUGAGUGAUUGUGUGCGUCCUGGAUUCUUCUUGUUGGAUGGAAAUAACAACCUUGGGGAUGACUCCAGUGUGAGUGAAGACCUGGAGGUGGAGUGGAGUGCACUUGAUGAGUUUGAUGAUGGUCUAGGACUUCCUCCAGCCCUUCCUUUUGUGGAUCCUCGGUUUUUCACAUUUGCAGCAGUAGAGGGACGCAUACAACGAGCUGUGGAGAACGCUCUGGCAAGUUUGGAACAUCUUGGAUUUGUUACUGAAGAGGCUCAUCCACCAGCUACUAAAGCAGCCAUAGACUGUCUGCCACAGAUUACCUUCACAGAUCACCAUGAUGGUGAACAUCAAUGUUGUAUUAUCUGUUGGAGUGACUAUGUGCAAGAUGAAAUUAUAACAGAGCUACCCUGUCAUCAUCUGUUUCACAAAUCUUGUGUAAUUCCUUGGUUAGAGAAAUCUGGAACAUGCCCAGUGUGUCGUCACGUGCUUGCACCUGUAGUUCCUGAAUCAGCUGCUGCCCCAGUUUCCUUUCUGUCUGAUCAUGAUACCACAUCUUCUCUAAACAGUGCUGCAGAAACUUCAAACUAGGGUCUGAAAUUCUUUGCCCCCAAAAUAAUGUGAAGUCUGAAAACAGUUAUGUAUAAAAUAUUGUAUGUAAAAUACUACCUAUAUUAUAUAUUUUGGCUUAGAAAGACUGUGCAAGAUUUUUCUGAAGUCCUUAGAUUUAUAAUAUAGCUCAAAUUUUCAAAUUGAGAUUGGAAGAUUAUGCAGCCUGUUUUUCCUAGUGAAAUUUUGCUGGUAACUAAUGUCUGAAGCUUGUAUUACGAUAAAUUUUUCCAUAAUGUGGCACUUUGUUCAAGUUCUUGCAGCUGCAGCACAGCUGUAGUUGAUGAAAGUUAUGUUUAUAAUCUGGCUUACGUAAUACAACUGAACUAUUUGGGUUUGUCAAAGUUAGUGCCACUUAAUGUCUUUGUAGUUAAUCUUUCUUAUUUGCAUCAAAAGACGCUCUGUGAUGCCCCCAGUGGUCCAAUUUGAUACCAUGGGAAAAAAAAGUGCAUUGUGGAACACUAUUUCUAACAAGUC